AAAGUCAGAGUUUCUGCCUCCAUUUUGAGAAGGUUCUGUCUCUGGAGCCUGGACUGAUAGACCCCACAUCAGCUUGGCUUGUCUCGCCUAGUGUUCUGACUUCUGAUUGGCCAGAUGGAGUUCACUAACUGCCCUGAUUGGUCCAUCAUCCUGGGGCAGUGACAUUGCAGAAUAUUUUCUCCUCCUCCAGCCACACUUCGUCACCAACUGCUGCCAACUCGCCACCACUGCUGCCGACCUCGACACCACUGCUUUGUCUCUGAAGUCAGACUGCUCCUGGUGCCAUGAACGGAGACGACGCCUUUGCAAAGAGACCCAGGGAUGAUGCUAAAACAUCAGAAAAGAGAAGCAAGGCCUUGGAUGAUAUUGCCACAUACUUCUCUAAGAAAGAGUGGGAAAACAUGAAAUACUCGGAGAAAAUCAGCUAUGUGUAUAUGAAGAGAAACUAUGAGGCCAUGACUAAACUAGGUUUCAACGUCACCCUCCCACCUUUCAUGUGUAAUAAACAGGCCACAGACUUCCAGGGGAAUGAUUCUGAUAAUGACCGUAACCGCAGGAAUGAGGUUGAACGUCUUCAGAUGACUUUUGGCAGGCUCCAGAGAAUCAUCCCGAAGGAAGGACCAGCUGGCCUCUGCUCUGUUACCGGGGCCACUCCCAUGGCUUAG